AUGGGACUGAAAAGAAAUGGAAAGAGCUGCAGACUGAGAUGGGUGAAUUACCUGAGACCAGACCUAAAGAAGGGUCAGAUAACACCACAGGAAGAAAGCAUAAUUCAGGAGCUGCAUGCUAGGUGGGGAAACAGGUGGUCAACAAUUGCAAGGAGCUUGCCAGGAAGAACUGACAAUGAGAUCAAGAACUAUUGGAGGACCCAUUUCAAGAAAAAGGCUAAAAGCCCUUCUGAUGCUGCUGAGAAGGCUAGAAUCCGUUCCUCAAGGAGGCAGCAAUUUCAACAGCAACAACUGCAGUUGAAGCAUCAGCAGCAGGUUCAGCAGCAGCAGCAAUUCCAAUUCAACUUGGACAUAAAAGGGAUCAUAAACUUGCUUGAAGAAAAUGAUCACAGAGUCCCUUCUACAUCUCAAGAGACACAAGAAAUGGUUAACAUGUGUCCAAACACUUCAGAGCAGCAGGGUUACUUCUACUCUAUGUUCAAUGUCAGUGACAAUGUCUCUGCACCAGAGUCCUCAAACGAAGAAAUUCUCUGGGAUGGACUGUGGAACUUGGACGAUGUUCUUUGCAAUUUCAAUGCAGCAAGUGCUACAAGCAAAACUAGUUUACACAAUUUAGUCACUCCUUUCAGUUAAAGUUAUUUUUCUUUUAUCUAUUUAGCCUUGAAAACUGCUAGAAAGAUUUGUACUACAAAUAUGAGUCGCGGCUUGAUAAGGCUCCUAAACAAGGAGCUCAGAGUUAGGAUUAAUUGUUUCUUGAAUGUGUGCAAGUCAGUGUAGUGACUAGUGAGUGAUUUUCUGAA